CACGCUGUAAUGUUUUGCAUAGCAACAGCCCCUCCCCCAUUCGACUGGCAGGGACCAUCUGCAAAUUAACCAGCAGGGACAAAAACGUAAACAACCCGAUGUCCAAAAUUAAACACCUCCAAAAAAACUUGAAAUAUCAGUAGCGUUGGUGUUAGUGGCAUUAUAUUACACACUCUGAUUCACCUGUGUGCAAAUACGAACAGAUUAGUGUAUUUAAAUGAUCUGUGCGCCACCGAAACGGUUAACUCGAUACCCGGAAAGGGCGAAGUCUGCACAGCAACAAGCGCCAUGAUUGCGUUGCACUGUGCGUCUCAGCAGCUGGAUACCAUGGAGCAGCUAGAAGAGGAACUUACGUGCCCUAUCUGCUGCGGUCUCUUCGAGGACCCGCGGGUUUUGCUGUGCUCACACAGCUUUUGCAAGAAGUGCUUGGAGGGACUCUUGGAGGGGAACCGAGGUCCAGCUUACAGGACACCUUUCAAAUGCCCCACAUGCCGCAAAGAGACCCCUCACAACGGCGCGAACAGCCUGCAGAUCAACUACUCUCUACGCGGAAUAGUGGAGAAGUACAGCAAAAUAAGGGUUAUGCCUAAGCUGUCAAUCUGUAAACAACACUAUGGCCAGCCUCUAAACAUAUUUUGCGCCACGGACUUAAAUCUAAUUUGUGGGUUUUGCGCAACAACAGAUGACCACAAAGGGCAUACAUUCUGCUCCUUUGAGGAUGCAUAUGAACGAGAGAAGGAGGCGUUUGAGGAGCUGCUUCGCGGGUUGGAGAGCUGGCAGAGCGCAGAUGUCCUGUCCUGCCUGGAGACACUACAAGCCAGUAAGAAAAAGGCGCUUCAGUCAGUGACCAAGGACGCAGAGAAGGUAACAGACUAUUUCGACAAACUCAUCAGUACCAUCGAAUGCAAAAAGAAUGAGAUCCUCUCGGAUUUUGAAACACUGAAGCUGGUGGUGAUGCAAGCAUACGACCCGGAGAUUGCCAAACUGAGCGCAGCGAUGGAGGAGCAUAGACGUGCGCUCAGCAUCGCUGAGUCUUUCAAGAGCAUCGCCGACCCCCUGUGCUUUCUGCAGCAGAUGCAGGAGUUUCGGGAGAAGUUGAAGGUGCUUAAGGAGACUCCACUGCCCUCUCGGAAAGACACGGACGUCGGUCCCCUUGUGCGCAAUUUCGAUGUUAAAAAGUGGGACUCACUGAGGCUCCGAGAAGUGGACAAGAUCGCAGUCCCCCACGAGAGUGGCUCCUACCGAACGGGGGGUUCACGGAUGGGGGUUCCAAGAUGGAUCGCCUUAUUUAUGGGUGUGUUACUGCCAACACUACUCCUGCUGCAGCCGCACAACCUUGAAGCCUACGUGCCCUCGCAGAUUGAACCGCUUCUCACUGCCGUUUCCUCGCACCUUACUCACACUGGUGUGUACCUGCGGGAAAUGACUGACAUGUACACAAGUUUAAUGGGUGCAGGUCAGGAAUGUAUUGCUAACUUAAUUGACUCUACCGUCAGUUUUAUUGGCAGUUUUAAUUACUAGCCUGUGGCAUCUCUGCCACGCACUCACAGCUACAAAUUGUGAACCAAGUGACACAUGAGGUGCUGGUUGAACUAAUAACAGAUAUAUCGCACCUGAAUACAUGUGGAAGCACUUGUUUACCUAAUUGUUUACCAUGUCUUUUGUUAUUGCCCAAGCUCCAACCUCAAUGAAGCCAUAUAAUCAAAUAUAACCAAUCCAUAAUCCACGUUAUAUAAACGCUAUCGAUGUGCAAUCUUUUUCUUUUUUUCUUUUUUAAAUACGUCAUGACCAGUGUGUAUACCUAUCCAGGGUAAUCUUGAUAAAUAAAAAUACUUUCAUGUUCCGUUUUUUUAGUGCGAAAUGCCAAAUCAGCCAACUAUUUAGAGAUACAAGCGAGCCUGUGAACUAAGCAAGUGUAAUAAAAAGAAAUGAACAGUGUAAUCGCUGGCCUCUUCCCUGCAGAGCGCGUCCGCACCACAGUGAUGCUGCAUCCUCUUCAAGGUUACAAACGUUGCAUAACAGGGCCCGUGUGAAAUAUUCACCAGCUGCAGACACAGUAGAGGAGGAAAAAAAGAACACUGUCCAUGAUUAUGAUGUUUUAACGAAACCCUAAAACUGACAGCUGUAUUUCCCCUAUUACUGAUAACAAAACGUAGGUAAGGGUACAUAAUUGUCACGCGUGCUGGGCAGUCACUUUAUUUCUACACAAGAUCUAGGCUAUUUGCGGAGGUUCAUGUGACUCAUUCGUUGCAUGACUUGUCCGGCCUAAAGUCAAACAUCUGCAGCCUGUUACAUUCUAUUUUCUGCUAUGCAUCUGAAUUGGUAGAAAACUCACUUGUAAGCCGAAAUGCAAUUAUGUGGGCAAUUGGAAGUUAUUCAAAUAUUUUUUUAAUUCAGGGUAGCUCAGUGAGACUUGUCUUAUCACAAAAAAUGGUCUUUAUUUAAACAGGUCAGAGCAAAAGGACAAGCAGUGAAUUGUGCAUUGAUCAUUCAUCCUUCUAUUUAUUUUCUGAGUAUGGCUGCAUUUUGAAAAAAAAAAAAAAAUAAUCCUAGUCAGACCACAAAGUGAAUCCGUGAUGUCAGCACUGACCAUAAUUCAGGAUGUACGUCAUGUCACGCAUAUACAUAUAUAGCCUUCUGUUGCCAGGCAAAGAUAGGAUCAAAAUAAAUCUACCACUCUACAUUAAUAUUUGAAUUGCACGGCACGCAAAUUUAAAUAUAGCCUGAAAAACGUUAACUUCAAUAAAAUUAAGAACAUGACUAAGGCUUCAGAAAAGGUCGUACGGUCAGCCAUUUACAUCAAAAGUAUAGGCCUGUAGUGAGGGUUAAUACAAAUAAACUUCAAGUCACCAUCUAUUCGAUCAAUCAAUAUGACUUAAUACCCAGAUGAUAAGUGAAUAGCCUUUUUAGUGUAUCUGGAUACACUAAAUAGGCUACACACUGGAGAAGGUCCCGCACACUUUUACACCGAGAGUCUAAUGGCGAUUAAUGUGUGAACCCCUAUUUUAUUACUCCUGUGAUUAAAUCAUCUUUAUCUGUUAUUUCCUAUUGUUAUAAUAUUAAUUUUACACCGAAGUUAAUUUUUCACUUUUUCUGGAAAACGUGGUUGCAAAUUAAGUACAAGAGAAAACAAAACGGACGUGUUAUUCUACAAUAAUACCUGUAGGCUAGUUAAAAUGUGUACGGCCGAUAUAGAAGCAGGUAAAUGUGUAAAGUCACAACAGCAUUAACAGGUGUAAGACAAAAUGUGGAAUUUCACGCCGUACAUCACCAAGGCUGCUUCCACAUUUUGAUGUGCUGUUCUAAAGACGCAAAAUAGCCAUAUACAUAACAUUUUAAAUAGGCUAACUGCACUUAAUAAAGGGUAACAUAAUUUCCAAAAUAAAUGCUUUUGAAUUACGUUGACGUGGUUAAAAUAUGUGUACACACACACACACACACACACACACACACACACACACACACAGGUCCAUCUUGAAGCACUGAUAUUAUAUAGGCCUAUAUAAAAACAAUGCAAUUAUGAUAUAAACGCCUGUAAUCUUUUAAAUAUAGGCUAUAGACUAAUAGAUUUUUCUCCAUUUAAAAAAAGAAAGAAAAAUAAUGCAAGCCUUUGUGCAUUAAACAAGUAGGCUACUCCUAAAAUGCGCACAUAUCUAUUUUCUCUCUAAUAUAAUUUUGCAUAAAUUUCACCUUUGCCAAAUACCCUAAUUCCGUUGUAUUUAUUGCAUUUGGAAAACAAAUACGAGGAUUCAGAAUUAUCAUCAAAAAGGCCUUCAAGGCCAAAUGGAAGAAAACUGCUGCAACAUAUGCGUUUGUUCAGGGGGCAGAAAAAUCCUAAAACACGCUAUCAAAAAA